CCGGCAGGAGGCCGAGCGGGGUCGUCCGAGCAGGAACAGAGAUGUAAUUGAAAGCCUUCGGUCCUGAGAUGAGGCAAGAUCUGCUCUGGGAUUAUUCACUGUUCUCCCAGAAAGAGGAGGAACUGGGCCCAUCGGAGAGAGAGUCUGCACCUGGAACUCAGCACCCAGGAGGUCGCCCCUGAAGGACCUGCGGAGGAACCUGUGUCCUGUGUCCGUAGGUGCUGCAUUACGGGAUCGAGAUGACCACAGCCACCACUUUGGGGGAUACCACCUUCUUCUUGAACAUGACCACCAGGGGCGAAGACUUCCUGUACAAGAGUUCUGGAGCCAUUGUGGCCGCCAUUGUGGUGGUUGUCAUCAUCAUCUUCACCGUGGUUCUGAUCCUGCUCAAGAUGUACAACAGGAAAAUGAGGAUAAGGCGGGAGCUGGAGCCCAAGAGCCCCAAGCCGGCGACGCCUUCUGCCCUGGACCCAAACAGCAGCAGCAGCCAGCAGCCUGCCGCGGUGACCUUCGGCCCUGCUGAUGUCCACGUGGAGACCCGGUGACCCCUGCCCUGGCGCUGUCUCUGCCGCUGUCCAAGGAGCUCCCUCCAGAGUGGAGGCCUGGAGGCGCGCUUCUCUGGCUGCUCUUCCAGUCCGUGGGCAGAGGCAUCUUCCACGCCAUCCCACAGCUUCAGGAGGUCCUUACCCUCGUUCUGGCCUGGCCCACCCCACCCGCGUCCUCGUCCCUGCUGCCACUCUGCGAAAGCUGUGCAACAUUUUUUUUUUUUUUUUUGUCAUCUGAUGAGGUGGAGCUAAGCUGAGAACCCACUGACGUGGGUUUGGCUCUCUGCCCACAAAUGCUCUAACUAGACAGAUAGGCAGACAGACAGACAGACAGACAGACAUGUGGUCCUGACUCUGCUGGUCAGGAGGCGAGGGUCCAGGAGUGUUUCUGAGAGUGUCACAGAGGAGUCUGCCCCUGGGGUCAUCUCAGAUGAGGUGCCGUACCCACAGCUUUGCAGAGCAAAACAUUCAAUCCCAUCAUCAGGCACAGGGGAACUAACUUGGACUAACUAACCAGAAAACAACUUGUUAAUUUAUAACCUGUUCCAGGACUGGGUGACCGCUAGCUAGCCCGUGACAAUUGGUCUGCACAUUCCCCUGCUUUAAGGUUAAAAAGAAAAUGGAAUUCUUCUCAAAAGUUUUCUGCUCUGUUAUUAAAGUGCCGUAGAAGGAGUAGGGUGACCUUGAGGAAUAGCAAAGAUAAAAGUUGUCACACUGUCCCUGGAUCAUGGUCCCUCCUCCCGCUGUAGGUUGACUGGCCUGCCUCAGUCUCAUUUCUCUCUACUCUAAACAGCCCCGACAGUCCUGUUAACCCCUUACCUCCAGGGAUCAGUAUUUGGAGACGAAUUAGAUUCCAACUCAGUCACUUCUGUCCUUCUUGGUCACCUUGCAGAGACCCAAGACAUAAUCAAACACCACAUUCACCAACCAUUUUUCUGCAGAGAGCUGAUCCCUCAUCCUGAGCUGGGAGAACAAUCUACUUAUCAGGGAUAGCACUUUAGGAUUAAGAAGACUUAACUUCCAAGCCUCACUUCCUGGUGUGUGACCUUGGAAAAACGGCCAUCUCUCUAUGUUCAGCUUCCUAACCACCAAGUAGAAAUGGAAACAACUGCCUCACGGGUUAUCACAAGUCUUUACAGCUUGAAUAGAGUGCCCAGCCCCCCAGUAGACCAUUAGUAAAUGGGAACCAGCCCAAUUACAAUGGUAUGUGGUAGUUACAUACUUACAUACAUUUGGUUACAUUUUAAAGAUUCUGAAAUCAGAACAUGUCUUACAAUGGAUGGGUUCCCCGUUUCUUUUUUAUUCUUUCUGUCCCUUUGACUUAAUUGUGCAUCUUAAACAAGGUAAUAAAUACUGUGUCAUAGAAAGUGACCUAGUCUGACAUUUACCCAGAAGAUCAAGAAGUCUCUCUCUCUUGGGGUCAGAAAUCCCUUUUGAAAUCAAGGGGCAAUGGGGUAAGAGGACUGGCCCAGGUCACACAGGUCAUUUAUUCCACUAUAAAAACACUCCUUCAAAUAGCUCUGGAGAAGUACUGGCAAAUUCUUCCUCUACCACCAUCUUUUCUUCCUUCCGUGUCUCAACCUCUGCUAGUAUCAGGUACUCUGUACUCUGCGUUCACAUAAAUUAGCCCAUGUAAGAUUUAGUUUUCCCCAAAACCCUGCGAGGCAUUAUUUUGCCCAUUUGCACAUGAAAAUUUCCAACUCAAAAAUAAUCAGUAUUUGUCCACAGUCACACAGCUGGAGUUACAACGACUGGACUCCAAACCAGGUCCCUUUCUGUGAUUCACCUGCCAUUCCUGGCCAAAGAAGCACAGCUCCCUUUGUGAGCUGAAAGGAGGACAGGCUUGUCUGUGACUGCGUAGGGUCCAGGGGUCUGUCUUCCAAGCUGAAAGCAGGGGCAAAGCCAUUUGGUAGCAGUCUCUGGGCCUCCAUGAUCAAAGCCCUUUCUCAACCCAUCCAAGCUCUCUGGCUUCCUGCUUCACUCACCCUGCUACUGAGGCACCAGGGACAAGGGAAGGAAGGUCACCUAGCCAGGGCAAAGUCAUUUCUUGGAGAUCUCAAGCCUCAAACAGAUAUGCUCCCUUAAACACUUUUUUGCUUUAUAAAGGAUGGUCUGGAAUGUUUUAGCCCAGAAACUCUGCUCUUCUCCGAAGCGGAGUCUUCCUGGGCCAUCCUCUGCUCUCUGUCCUGUUUUGCUGUCAUUGCAACCCGGGGGAUGGACCUGGGGCCUUGCACAGAACAGGCAAGUGCUCCCCCACUGAGCUCCACCUGCAGCCUGAGUUUGGCUAAAUGGAGACUUGGACAUGCAGGAAAGAAGGGGGACAGAGGGGUGAAGGGGAUGCAGAUAAAAGGAUUUUAGUGUCUUGUUUUUAACUAAUGAAGAUAACUCAGGAAGCAACCUCUAAGGGCCCCCACGUGCAGACUGAGGUGCCAGCACGCACAGGAAGCCUGGGUCCCUGCUCUCCAGGCUCCAGCGGCUGGUCCUGUCACCGGGGGCACAGUUCUGGAUUUCAUUUCUGACAAGGUGCCUCGCUUGACUGAGUAGAUGUCCCCUCCUUCGGCCACUGAAUCCAUAAAAGAUAUUAAAUGCUUAAAG